CUUUAUUUACAGGAUUAAGGAAUUAUUUAGGCAUUAUACCAUCUGUUGAAAAAUAACUUAAACGAACAAUCAAAUUAUCGAGCAAAGUGUUCGAAUGGCUUCAGAGAGUAGAGUAAACCUCGUUGUAUCUGAGUUCAGAGAGGAAGUUGAAACAAAUGAGGUGAAAGUAGUACACACCCCAGAAAAAAUACAGACUUUCGAUUCGGUGGAUCUUGGACCUGGGAUUACUGAAGUAACUAAGUUUUCCAAAGGCAUUUACUCUCAAGGUUUGGUCAACAUUUCAUUGUUGUCAGCCAACGCCACCCAGUUGCGCAGCGCUCAGUCCAACAAUGCUUACGAAUAUCAAACAGCAGUCAUUGGUUUGAUAUCAACAUCCAUCGCCUUGCAAGUUGUCAUACUUCUGCUGUUGAGCUUGUUAACCAUGAUUCCGCGAGAUAAAAACCAUACAGAAGAAAUAUGGUGGGUGUGGAAGUGGCUACUCAGAAGCAGAAUCAAAUCAGUCAUUUUGUUUUUUGUAUCCGUUCUCACGGCGAUCAACGUCUUCAUUUCAGCUUAUCAAAACGUGUGAUGAGACUAUUUUGUUCUCAGCCAUUUCCAGUGGUGACGUCGACCUGGAUGCUUUUGAUUUCAAAUAUAUAUGAUAUUUCUUUAUGUAUGAUUUACCUAAGAUAUCGAUAAAAGUGUUUAG